GAACGUGAGUGCGAAGCAGUUGGAGGGACCCAUUCCAGAUGCCAUUGGGAAUCUCACCGCACUCACAAUACUGCGUUUCUCAAGCACCAAGCUCACCGGCUCCCUUCCAGCCACUCUACCUCGCCUCACCCGCUUGCAAGAGUUAAUUCUCAGUUUCAACAAGCUUUCAGGCUCCAUCCCAGAAGCCAUUGGUGACCUUGCCGCCCUCUCAAGCCUGUCUUUUGAGGAGAACAAACUCACAGGCGCAGUCCCUUCAUCCAUUGUCCACCUCUCCAAUCUCACCUUGCUGAAUCUUGGAACCAACAAGUUAGAGGGCACAAUCCCUUCGGUCAUAUUCCACCUUACCAAGCUCGCCUUGCUGGACCUUAGAUGGAAUCGCUUCACAGGCUCCAUUCCAGCAGCAAUCAAUGACCUCUCCCUCCUCUCCUACCUCUCACUUGGUGGCAACAGGCUCACUGGCGCAAUCCCCUUACCCAUCUUCCACCUCACCAAUCUUGUCUUGCU